UCCAUCCAUUGGGAGAGUUCUCGCCCGAAAAAAGGGAGAAAAUAAACCCACGGGCGCUGCUUAGCAAUCUAGUUAUGGAAACAUAAUAUAAAUCCGCUUUUGGGCGUCACUGAUUUGUCAAGUGGCACUUUGCCGAAUCUUGUUUUCCAACAGGAGAGUGCAUUACACUGAAGAUUUGGAUUUGGGACCUUUUAAUUCUACCAUAACGCCAGAAGGAAUUCAUUAGCUAGCUAACGUUAGCUAACUUGCUAUUGCUAGCCAGUGAAGAAUCGGCCAGUAGGUAAACUUCGCAGAGAUCUGGGAAGCUAGUUAGCUAGCUAAUUGUUACCUUGGCUUUACUUUUGGCAUUUUUCCCUCAAAUGGGCGUAGGGCAUCGGCAGAUGGACGCUAUUGCCUUGGUGCUAGGCACUGGAAACACUGUGCAUUUGCUGUUUUGUGGCUUGCACCCCAGCUAACAUAAUUGGUUGUAUCAACUAGCUAGAUAGCCAGCUAGUAGCUUGCUAUUCGGCUUUGUGGAAACAGGCCAUGGACUGAAAGACAUUCAUCAGUGGUCGCAUGCUAGCUUGAUGGCUAGCAAUCACAUACUGGAAAACAUAAAUUGGAUUCAACUAUAGAAAACCCCACCUAUUCAAUUUGGACUGUAUGUAUGUGUGCAAGUGAAGACCACUAUACAUUAUUUAAAAAAGUAGACACAUCGUUUAUAAUGCAUUUGUUUGCUGAGCCCUUUUUCCAAACUGGAUAAAGAAACUCCAAGAAAACAACCGGAUUUUCCACUGAGAAUUGUCCAAAUCAAAAGAAAGAACAUUGCAUUCGACUCUGAACCGAGACAAAAAUACAAUGUCUACUGCAAAAGAAAAUCCAUGCAGGAAAUUCCAAGCGAACAUUUUCAAUAAAAGUAAAUGCCAGAACUGCUUCAAACCCCGGGAGUUGCACCUCUUGACCGACCAAGAUCUGAAUCAGGCCAAACCUAUUUAUGGCGGAUGGCUUUGCUUGGCCCCCGAGGGAACGGACUUUGACAAUCCUAAUCAGAGGUCCCGGAAAUGGCAGCGGAGGUUCUUUGUGCUGUACGAACAUGGGUGCCUUCGCUUUGCUCUAGAUGAGUCGCCCAGCACGCUUCCCCAGGGCACAGUGAACAUGAACCUGUGUUCGGACGUCGUCGAUGCCGAGCCCCGGACGGGCCAGAAGAACGCCCUGUGCAUCAUCACCCCCGAGCAGGAAUACUUCAUCAGGGGAGAAAACAAAGAGAUUAUCAAUGGCUGGACUGAACAGCUGGUGGUGUACCCCCGGACCAACAAGCAGAACCAGAAAAAGAAACGCAAGGUGGAGCCUACCACCUCCCAGGAGCCGGGCCCAGCCAAGGUGGCGGUGACGGGCUCGGGGAUCCCAGAGGCAGAGAAGGUUCCAGACUCCAGCUCCAUCAUCUGGCAGGAGGAGCUGAGCCAGAGGGAGGCGGAGGGGGCGGCCGUGUGGUCGGCGGCCGACCUGCCCGCGCUGGGCUCCCCACUGGCCCCCGCAGGCGAGGGCUCCUCUGCAGGGCGCGGCUCGGACGCCGGCUCCCUAAACGGCGAGGAGGUGGACCGCGGCGGGCCGCCUCUCCACGGCGCCGCCCCGCACCCCCCCCACGACCUCCUCUCCCCCACGGGCUCCUGCUCCAGCCUGGGGGGCCUCCCCCGGUGCCUCUCCCCGGCCCCCAGCGACCCCUUCCCCUCCGGCAGCUCCCUGCUCUCCAACGGCUCCCACAUCAGCGGCUCGGUCAGCUCCCUGGACUCGGACGCCAGCGGCAGCACGGUCGCCUCCACGGAGAGCCACCCGCGCCAGCCGCGCGGCGCCCACGGCAACCACGCUGACACGCCGCGGGCGCGCCGCCUGGAGGCGGAGGCCAGGAAGGCGGAGAAGAGGAGCCGGGCACGGAGCCCGGAGAGAGAGGCGGCCGUGUUCAGCCCCGAGAGGAGUCGCUCCGGUGUGAUAGAGAAGCUGGAGGCCCUGGAGCUGGAGAACGCUGAGAGGAUGGAGGUGGAGGAGGCAGGCAGGGGCGGAGGCAGGCAGGGCCGCAGCGAGCAGCGCCGCUUCCACAGAGAGGAGCAGAGGCAUGACCCUGGCCAGGGCCUGGACUUCCCCUCCACCCUGCCCCCCCUGAGGAGAGCCAAGUCCCUGGACCGCCGCACCACCGAGUCUGUGAUGACCCCUGAUCUACUGAACUUCAAGAAGGGCUGGAUGGUGAAGCUGGACGAGCAAGCGCAGUGGAAGAAGUAUUGGUUCGUGCUGACAGAUCACAGUCUACGCUACUACAAGGACUCCAUCGCUGAGGAGGCCUCAGACCUGGACGGCGAGAUCGACCUGUCCACCUGCUACAACGUCACGGAGUACCAGGCUCAGCGCAACUACGGCUUCCAGAUCCACACCCAGGAGGGCGUCCACACCCUGUCGGCCAUGACGGCAGGAAUCCGCAGGAACUGGAUCCUGGCGGUCAUGAAGAACGUGAGGCCCUCCUCCACAGCCCCGGAUGUGGCCAGCUCCACCGAGGACCACGGCUCCUUCGCCCCCUCGGAGGCCCUGGCGAGGCCCGACGUGACCCACGACUUCCCCUCCUCCUCCGAGGCCUCCUCCGCGGAGCGGGAGCCCGGCCAGGGCCCCAAGAAGAGCCGGGCGCGCGAGCGCCGGCGAGAGGGACGCUCCAAGACCUUCGACUGGGCCGAGUUCCGACCCAUCGCCCAGGCCAUGGCCCAGCAGCGGGCCCAGGAGGCCGAGCCCCUGCAGGCCGACCCGGGAGACCCCGAGCGGAGCCGGCGGAGGGAGGAGAGGAGGAAGAGGUACGAGUCCGUGACCGGAUCCUCCGCCGAGCCGGCGGCUGCGGGGGAGGGCGGCCAGAUGGACUUUGAGAGCGGGGGGGGGGAGAGGGCCCCGGGGGAAGGCCCUGCGGGUCCGGGGUCUGUGGACAGGCACCAGAAGGUGGAGGAGGUGAUCGAGCAGCACUGGCAGCAGGUGGAGAACACGCCCAUACGGGAGGAGAGGAGGGUUCCCCUGCCGUCGGCUCUGCAGACCAGGGACACGGCCGAGCUGGAGAAACUGCUGGAGAGCUACAAGAAAGGGGUAGAAGAGCUGAAGGGACAGCUGGACAGCUGUCACCACCAGCUUCUGGACUCCAACCAGCACAAGCAGGAGCUGGAGCUGCAACUGAGGACGGCUCUGGAUCGAGAGCAGCACGUCCGGACUGGGUACAUCUCCCCUCUGGAGCAUCCGACCGGUCUGGAUGCCGAUGUUGCGGCCCAGACGAAGAGGCCUGAACUGGCCACUUGUGAGCGGGGCUUCACCGCCAUGGAGGAGUCCCACCAGAGGGUGGUGGACGAGCUCCUGAGGAAGCACCAGCGCGAGCUGGAGAACCUGCAGGAGGAGAAGGAGCGGCUGCUGGCCGAGGAGACGGCCGCCACCAUCUCUGCGAUCGAGGCGAUGAAGAACGCCCACCGGUCGGAGCUGGAGAAGGAGCUGGAGAAGGUGCGCAAGACGGGCAACAACACGGAGAGCGCAGACAUUGAGGAGAUCCGCAGGCAGCACGAGGAGGAGCUGUGCUCGUUCCAGCGGGAGAUCGAGGUGCUGUCAGAACAGUACUCCCAGAAGUGCCUGGAGAAUGCCCACCUGGCCCAGGCGCUGGAGGCAGAGAGGCAGGCCCUCCGCCAGUGUCAGAGAGAGAACCAGGAGCUCAACGCACACAACCAGGAGCUGAACAACCGUCUGGCAGCAGAGAUCACCAAGAUGCGCUCCAUGACCAGUGAGGAGGGAGACUGCUGCACCCUGGUCCAGGGCAAGGAGCUGUAUGAGCUGGAGGUGAUGCUGAGGGUGAAGGAGUCGGAGGUGCAGUACCUGAAGCAGGAGAUCAACUCCCUGAAGGAUGAACUUCAGGCAGCCCAAAGAGAUAAGAAGUAUGCGACAGACAAGUACAAGGACAUCUACACGGAGCUGAGCAUCGUGAAGGCCAAAGCAGAGCGGGACCUGGGCCGGCUGAGAGACCAGCUGCAGCUGGCCCACGAGGCCCUGGGGGAGCCCUCGCUGGAGGAGGUGGAGCGAGGAGGCUACGAUAUCAUGAAGUCCAAAAGCAACCCAGACAUUCUCAAGAUGGCCGCUGCCGCCGCCAAACGCUCAGAGCGCACCAUGAGGUCAAAGAGUCUGAAGGAAGGGCUGACAGCUGAGCAGAGACUCCACCUGUUCGACAACAAAGACACUAAGGAGUUCUGACGGGGACGUGUAGUCCACCAACGCUGCAUGUUUAGAGGCUCACUAUAUUUUAGCUCUGUAAUGUACUUACUUAGAAACACACUGGUCACAAACACACGCAAUGUGUAUAUAUAUAUACAUAUAUAUAUAUAUAUAUAUACAAUAUAUUAAAAAACACAUGGUAUAAAGUUUCAAUUUCAUGUCUAUAGAAGAAGAGUCUGCAUUCUAUGCACUUCGGUUACUGUGACAUUUGUUUUGCGUUUUGAUUGCCAUGUCUUACUGUAAAUACUCUGUAUUGUUUUUAAUGAAGCGUCUUAUCAAGCAUACACUAAAUCGUGACUGAGUAAGCUACUGUUUUAACUCCUUAGACUGUUAUUAGCCAAAGGAGUAAGUGACGGCUAAACACAUUGAUGAUCAAAUAACCCUCACGUAACCAAUGGUAGGAACGAUGUUGCCUUCAGGCCUGUGUAUUAUGCUUUGGUGUGGUCAGUGUGCACAUGUUGAAGCUUUCCUCCAAACCCUUAUCAUUUCAGCACAGAUGGAAGUCUUGCUAAAUAAACAAGAUAUGGGAAGAAAAUAUUUGCCUGCAUCACUGUACAAGUAAACUAGCUGUUGCACAGGAUAUUGCUUAUUCAAUGCCUGAAGUGUUGGCUUGUAUAUGGUGAAUACACAUCAUAGAUUGUUUUCCUGAAAUCUUUGACCGUUUUGAAAUUAUCCCGUGACAGGUGACUGCUGAAUGCGUAUGGAUGGGAUUUGCUUAUUAUAAAAAUGAAUAUAAAUAUAUAUAUUUACAUUUAUAUAAUUUUUCUCCCAUCUCUCUGUAAUGAUAUUGGUCCAGUUUAUGGGAGGGAGUUCUUGGGUUAUGUUUGUAGUCAUGUUCAGUGGCAGUCCCUGUGUAUUUAUUUAAAUGUUUUGGGGUUUUGUUGCUCAUUCCCAUUCUCACUGUACUCUCUUAUUGUAAAUAUACAGCAAAUGUACACCAACUGACAACAGAUUUAUUAGCAAUAAAUAUUUUUGCACCAUG